AUGAUUCAGCCAGAUAUGUCUGCGGCCAUGGGUUUAUUAUCCCAUUUGAACACUGAUGAACUCAAAGAAAUAUUAAACGACGACAACAAAUUCGAUGCAAUCCUAAAGGAUGUCGGACAGGUUAAAGAAUGGGAGGUUGAAAAGAAUACAAUAAUUGCAAGCAACAGAUCAUUGGCAGAAUUCAAUUUGGCUAAGGAACCAGAAUUAGAGAAAAUGAAGCAGCAAGUGUUAGAGAAAUCUGAGGUGGGAGAACAACUCUGCUCACAUAUAAGGGAACUGCUGGAAGAGUAUAAAUCAAAAUCAGCAGGUAUAUCGGCUGAUACAACAUUAGCUUUACUUCAGACAUCAGCUGCUGAAACUGAAGAACAAUCAGAUAACAUCGCUCAAGAUUUCCUUUCUGGAAAAAUAGAUGUGGAAAAAUUUCUAGAAGACUUUAAGCCAAUACGCACAAAGAUGCAUCUCAGAAAGUUUAAAGCUGAUAAAAUGAGUGAACUUAUUAGGAGUGGUCAAAUAUCAUAUGGAAAUGGAUAUUCAAAACCAUAUCUACCAUAUCCAAACUAUGGACCCCCGAGUGUUCCAAGUGUGCCAUAUCCAGUAGGUCCACUAAACAUGCCAAUGCCAGGUAUGUAUGGAAACCACUUUUAA